AGCACCCUCGAUACUCUCUUCACGCUUGCCGGGGUGUGAAGUGAGGAUGAACGUCUUUUCAUUUGCAUGUGUUUUGUCCACACCCCUUGCGAGAUAACGACAGGACCAAGCCCACGAUCUUGCCUUCAGAGGGAGAAAGUGACACAGGCGAGCCUCGUGCUUGCAGCGAACUGAGGAUACGUACAGAUAUUUGAAGGAUACGUUGUCUACGUCGUACGUUGUGUCGCGAGAAACUUAUUUCGUUUUAAAAGACGCGGAUUUCAAUCAUCGAUGAUACCUACCCUGCUGACCGUCAUGGAGUCCCUCCAAAGCUGUGUCCACCAUGUCCCUCUCGGUGCGCCCCUCACGCAGGGUCGUCCCCAGAUCCAUCACUAGGAGCCAGUCCUUCGCCGGAGUCAACUCCUACGAUAAGUCCUACAGGAACAUCUCUGUGUUUAGCACCCCCGCGUGUGUGAGGAAAACUCCCUCCAGAGCAAGCAGGAUGUUCACACUCUCCACUAAAUCACCUCCUCCAAAGGUGCCCCAGCCUGAGAGGCUGGAUGAGGUGUAUGAGGCUCUCAAGAGAGGACUGCAAUCUUACCUGCAUGUCCAUCAGAUGGAGCUGGACAGUCUGAAUAGACAAAUGAAAGAAUCCAAGAGAAACUCUCGCUUGGGCUUUCUGUAUGAACUUGACAAGCAAGUGAAAGUGAUUGAGAGAUUUAUGAGACGGCUGGAGUUUCAUCUCAGUAAGAUUGAUGAACUCUACGAGGCCUACUGUAUGCAGCGCAGACUGAGAGACGGAGCCAAUAAGAUGGUGAAGGCUUACACUGCCUCUCCGGGCAGCAGAGAGGCCAGAGAGAGUCUGUCUGAAGCCAACAAGAGCUUCAAAGAGUACACAGAGAAUAUGUGCAUGCUAGAGAGUGAGCUGGAGAACCAGCUGGGAGAGUUCCAUGUCAAAAUGAAGGGCCUGGCAGGUUUUGCACGACUUUGUGCAGGAGAUCAGUAUGAGAUAUUUAUGAAGUAUGGUCGCCAGCGGUGGAAGCUGCGAGGUCGGAUUGAGAUCAAUGGCAAGCAAGUGUGGGACAGUGAGGAGAUGGUCUUCCUCCCCCUCAUCACAGAGUUCCUAUCUAUAAAGGUGACAGAGCUGAAGAGUCUGGCCAAUCAUGUGGUGGUGGGGAGUGUCUCCUGUGAGACGAAGGACCUGUUUGCUGCCUUGCCCCAAACUGUAGCUGUGGAUAUCAAUGACUUGGGCACCAUCAAACUCAGUCUAGAGGUGUCGUGGAAUCCAUUUGACAAAGAUGAUCAGUCAUCUUCAGCUAGCACCGUGAACAAAGCUCCUUCUGUCAACAAACGCUUCUCCACGUACAACCAGAGUCCUCCAGACACCCCGUCUCUGCGUGAACAGGCCUUCUAUACAGCUCCACGGAGCAUGAUGUCCAAACAGCGCUGGUCCUUAGUGGACGUGUUCCGGGACACGCUGACAGAGAAACUUACUCAGAGCUGCUCAUGCAGCGAUGUCACUUCAGUCCGCCUGUGGUCCUCUCUGCCCUCCAACCAUAACAUGUUGAAGAGACAGGAAGAGAUGGAGAAUGGAACAGCAUGGUCAAAUUCCUCGGAAUCCUCAGACGAUUCAUCCAGUCCACGGCUUUCCUUGGGAAUGCGUCACGCACAUAAAAACUUAGUCAAGCCUGAGGUACAAGCUACUCCUCCCGCCAUUGAAAUCUCUUUUGCCCCACGUGACUCAGCGACCUCUACUCCCACGCGCCUGGCCAAUCAGAAAGAAGAGGAUGAGGAGGAGGAAGAGGAGGCAAAUCUCAAGAAACCAGCAGCAAAAAUAAUCACUGAGUCCCCUGUGAAACACGAAGUGCCCAACGGCCAUCCCCGAUAUUCUCGUUCUCUUAGCCACAUCAGCGAGAACAGUGUAGAUGGAGUUUUGACAGAUAGAUUGACUGGGGAGUCCUUGGAGACCACUGAAGGGACUUCAAUGGUCUCCUCGAUAUCAGUAAGUGACUUAGGUAAGCCCCACAGAGCAGAAACCUGUUUUGUCGUACCAGAGACUCAGGAGAUCUGCCCUGUUCCUUACCCAGCCAUCUGUGAACCAACCUGCACAGCUGAGCCACUGAACUGUCCAGAAAGGAGCUCCUGCAAAGAGCAGCAGGGACUUCCUGCUGUAACCACAACCUGUGACUCAUCUGAAAAAGCUAACAAAGAGCUCAGUUCUAGGCCAAGCUCUGUCUCCUUCACCUGUGGUGAGAAGCACUCUUCCCCCAGUGCUAUUGUCUUGUCCCAGCAUUCGAAAGCAUCAAGGACUGAUUUCUCAAUACAGAACCAUGAGUCAUGCCUCACAAAGACACAAACAGACAAUCUGCUAGCUGAGAAGUCUGGUUCUUUGGUAGAGACAAGACCUACGGAUGAUUAUGAGAUACAAUCAGCAGACAGCAGUGUGGAGGAAGCCCUUAGUGCAGUUAUGUCCUCUCUUGACGACUGCAGAGGCCAGUUCCCAGAACUGCAGGUCUUGGAGCAAGAGCUGAAAUUGUUGGAAGAAGUACUUGCAGUGAGUGACAAAGUACGGAAUCGCAGUCGUUCGUCCAGUGUCAGUUUGACAGUUGAGACUGCUCUUGGAAGCUUUGACUUCCUCAAUACAUCAGACCUGGAGGAGGAAGAAGACGAGGAGGAUGGAGAGAGACAGAGUAUGGCAGACAGCGCUGCAGAGCGGCCAGCAGCUGUGGAGAGCGCAGGGGAGGAUGAGGGUUGUGAGGCAAGAUGUUGGGACGCUCCCUCUGGUCCUCUCAGCACAGGGUGCAUGGCUCUAGAUCACACCCUGCUGGUUCAUCUGAAGUACUGCAGCUCACAGCUACUGAGGUUAGGGACAUUCGGGCCUCUGCGCUGUGGGGAGAUGUACGCUCUAGACCGUCUCCUCAGGGAGGCUCGAGUGCUCGAGCUAAUUCGAUGGGUUGUCAAGGACUCAAGGGGCGGAGUCAUUCAACCAGAGGAGGUUGUUCCUCAAUUAGAUCAGUGCCAAGGGGCUGUGUUACUAUGGCGGCAGUGCACGGAUGGCUGCAGUGUGUACAGCACUUCCACAGAUGCUUUCUUGCAGGCGCUCAGCAAUGCUUAUGCCAGCAAUAUCCCAGAGAGAGGAGACGGCUUUGCAGACACAGUGUUUCUGCGUCUGGUGGAGCGGGUCCUUGAGAAAAAGCUGCCCAGGCGUAGUGGAGUUGUGGCCAAAGAGACGGUCACGCUCUUCCAGUUUUGGAGCUAUUUGGAAGCAGAGGGAGUGAGUGAACUGGACAUACACAUUACUGAGCUUGCUGAAGAAGUGUGGCUAGUUCAGUGCCUGCAGUCUGGAGACCAGGAUGUUCUGGUAAAGUCUCUGAAGAAGCCUCCAGAGUGCAGUCUGAAGAGGGAGGGCUUGCGGGCAGUCAGUCUGCUGCUGAGGGAUGCAAGGGGGAAAGUGUGCAGUGCAGCUAGCUCUCUGCUGCGGAGUCUAGCUGAUCAAACCCGCCACAGGGAGAGGGCACUUGUGAGCUGUCUAGAGCUACUAGAGGAUGAGAGCAUUGAGACGCGAGUUUGUGGAUGUAAAGCACUCGCUUGUUUGAAGGCCAAAGAAAGCAUUGAGCAGCUGGUGUAUCUGUGCCGGUCAGAUAUGGAGGAUGUGAGGGAUGCUGCCAAACAAGCUCUCCUUGUGCUAGGUGAGGAGGGAAAGAUGGCCCAUCGACACGUUGAGUCCUCCCAAGAUGGAAUGUCUCGCCUUUUUGCACCUGGCAGUAUGGCCAGCACCGCCUUCUAACGCAAUCAACUGAUGCUCAUAGAAAACAAUUUACUCAUGCCUCAGUAUAUUCACCUACAUGAUCAUGCCAGUAACAAACUAUUAAUUGCACACUAUGAAAAACUAUCCAGUGUACACUAUACAGAUGUAUAUGUGCAAAUCAGUAUCCUUGAAUACAUGGACAGAUAUGAAUCCAAUCAUUGGACAAGAGGACUUGUAUGUCAGUCUGUAUGUUAUGAAUAUUUUGGAUAUGGCCUAAGAUAAACUACUGUAAAGUAAUAUAGUAAGAUGCAUAGAGAGAGAGUGGGGGUGUGAGUGGGUUUAUUAAAUGGAUGGUUCACCCAAAUAUGAAAAUUCUGUUAUCAUUUACUCACUCUCAUGCCAUUACAGAUGUGUAUGACUUUCUUUCUUCUGUAGAACACAGAGAUUUUUAUAAGAAUAUCUCUGCUCUGAAGGUCCAUAAAGCACAUAAAGGCCCCAUAGAAGUAAUCCAUAAGACUACAGUGGUUUAAUCCAAAUGUUCAUAAGUGAUAUAAUAUGUGUGGGUGAAAAAUAGAUGAAUAUUUAAGUCCUUUUUUACUAUAAAUCUCCACUUCCACAUUCUUUUUUUUUUUUGUGUGAUUUAGCAUUCUUUGUACAUAUCACCACACACUGGUUGGAGCUGGUUAAAGAGGGAGAUUUAUAGUAAAAAAGGACUUAAAGAUUUAUCUGUUUCUCAUCCACACCUAUCUUUUCACUUCUAAAGAUAUAGAUAUAACCACUGUCGUAUGGAUUACUUUUAUGCUGCCUUUAUGUGCUUUUUGUGCUACAAAGUUCUGGUCACCAUUCACUUACAUCGAAUGGACUAUCAGAGCUGAGAUAUUAGUGUUCUGCUGAAGAAAGAAAAUUCAUACACAUCUGGGAUGGUAUGAAAGUGAGUAAAUGAUGAGAGAAUUUUCAUUUUUGGGUGAACUAGUUUUUUAAGAAUGUUUUGCUGCCUUAUGAUUUGUCCCAAUGGUGUUGCCUUUACGAUUCAUGAAAGCUGAACCCUGAUCAGCAGUACAAGUGAUGACUGUGCUGAUAGUGAUUGGAGAUGUUAUUUUCACUUUAUUGAUGCAAGUAGGCUGCGACUACCUGCAGAGUAUAUAGAGAGCCUACUACACUUUGUCAAGAGUGUUUAUGUGUGUGUGUACAUAUUAAUUGGAGAAUGAAUGUUGGUAGUUUAACAGGGACCUUGUUGCCAUUAAAAGUGUAACAGUGUCAUCAUUCCAUACUGUCAGAAGCUUUAUUGACACAGAAUAUAUCUAUAGCCCAUCGGAAGUGUAUAUGUUUUGUUGUAAUUUAGUUUAAAUGUUUAAGUACUCAAUAACAAAUGCAGAUUUGUUUUUAUUCACCAUGCACUUCCCAAGAUUUAAGCGACUGGCAAUGUACAAUCUGCUGUAAAGGUGGUGAGAAGCUAUUAUUUUUUAUCAUUAUUUUGAUUGAAAGAUGUAAACUGUGGUGAAUAUUGCCUUUUGCAAAAGGUUCAGACAGCCUCUCCAUGCAUGUGAUUUCUAGACUGCUUGACUCUGAGCAUUUUUUUCCAGUGCUGCUAGACGAAGCAUCUGAUCUGUAACCAUAGAGGGUUCAUUUUGCAUAGCAUUGUUUUCUCGCCAAAUUUGUUCCAGACUUCAUUAUGGACAAAGAAUGCCUCUACAGUGUAUAAGUGCCUCAAAAUAGUAUAGGGAGCAUGAGAAUGAGAUACUUUAUUUAAAACUCAAGAUUGCAGUUUAGGAUUACAAACUGCGGAACAGAUUUGAAUAUAUAUUUUUCAUUAUUACUUACAGGUUGUGCAGCAUUAAAGAAGUGAGAUACUUUUGCUUCCCCCCCUCUUCUUAAAUGUGUAUAUUGUCUGACAAGGCUGACAUCAACUGUAAAGGAAACUAUUAAAAUUAUAAACACUAAAACUUGGAUGUCUAAUUUAUGAACAAAUAUGAAACUUUGCCAAACUUUAAACAAAUUAAUUUUCAUAUAGAUUUAUACACACAUAUAUACACUCACCUAAAGGAUUAUUAGGAACACCUGUUCAAUUUCUCAUUAAUGCAAUUAUCUAAUCAACCAAUCACGUGGCAAUUGCUUCAAUGUAUUUAGGGGUGUGGUCCUGGUCAAGACAAUCUCCUGAACUCCAAACUGAAUGUCAGAAUGGGAAAGAGAGGUGAUUUAAGCAAUUUUGAGCGUGGCAUGGUUGUUGGUGCCAGACGGGCCGGUCUGAGUAUUUCACAAUCUGCUCAGUUACUGGGAUUUUCACGCACAACCAUUUCUAGGGUUUACAAAGAAUGGUGUGAAAAGGGAAAAACAUCCAGUAUGCGGCAGUCCUGUGGGCGAAAAUGCCUUGUUGAUGCUAGAGGUCAGAGGAGAAUGGGCCGACUGUUUCAAGCUGAUAGAAGAGCAACUUUGCCUGAAAUAACCACUCGUUACAACUGAGGUUUGCAGCAAAGCAUUUGUGAAGCCACAACAAGCACACCCUUGAGGCAGAUGGGCUACAACAGCAGAAGACCCCACCGGGUACCACUCAUCUCCACUACAAAUAGGAAAAAGAGGCUACAAUUUGCAAGAGCUCACCAAAAUUGGACAGUUGAAGACUGGAAAAAUGUUGCCUGGUCUGAUGAGUCUCGAUUUCUGUUGAGACAUUCAGAUGGUAGAGUCAGAAUUUGGCGUAAACAGAAUGAGAACAUGGAUCCAUCAUGCCUUGUUACCACUGUGCAGGCUGGUGGUGGUGGUGUAAUGGUGUGGGGGAUGUUUUCUUGGCACACUUUAGGCCCCUUAGUGCCACAGCCUACCUGAGCAUUGUUUCUGACCAUGUCCAUCCCUUUAUGGCCACCAUGUACCCAUCCUCUGAUGGCUACUUCCAGCAGGAUAAUGCACCAUGUCACAAAGCUCGAAUCAUUUCAAAUUGGUUUCUUGAACAUGACAAUGAGUUCACUGUACUAAAAUGGCCCCCACAGUCACCAGAUCUCAACCCAAUAGAGCAUCUUUGGGAUGUGGUGGAACGGGAGCUUCGUGCCCUGGAUGUGCAUCCCACAAAUCUCCAUCAACUGCUAGAUGCUAUCCUAUCAAUAUGGGCCAACAUUUCUAAAGAAUGCUUUCAGCACCUUGUUGAAUCAAUGCCACGUAGAAUUAAGGCAGUUCUGAAGGCGAAAGGGGGUCAAACACAGUAUUAGUAUGGUGUUCCUAAUAAUCCUUCAGGUGAGUGUAUAUACUCACACAUAUGCAGGGUUGGGGAGUAACAGUAUACAUGUAAUGGGAAUAUGUAUUAAAAUACAAAAUAUAAGGAACUGUGUUCCACUACAGUUUAAAUCAUUGGUAAUUAGAAUACAGUUACAUUCAAAAAGUAUUUUGAUUACUGAAGAGAUUACGUUGCAUUUUAUUGUAAUUUGUUUCAUUUAACAUUUAGUCCUUUCAGGUGGAAAACAUUUAUACAUAUAAAUGAUGCAAUUCAAAGUGCAUUUGAACAGCAGUGAAACACUUAUGAUUUGUUUGGAAGUUUGGAGCACAAGAAA